AUGCGGGCGUUUAUGCCUCAUCAUAUCCCUCUCUUCCUAUACUCCAUCCUAGCAACCCUACUCGUUUCCUUUGGCAAUGCAGCAGAACAAGAGCUUCUAAAAGAACCCCUAAGCGCAGCUCCCAAGCGCGUGGCAAUCAUUGGAGCCGGAGCCGGCGGCUCAUUUGCCGCGUAUCAACUGCGCAAGCUCGCAGAUGAAGCCAAUACCCCCGUAGACAUAACAGUCUACGAGCGGGAGUCAUAUGUCGGCGGUCGCUCAACGACAGUCGAUGUAUUUGAUGACCCGGCAUACCCGAUUGAACUGGGCGCUUCCAUCUUCGUCCAGGUCAACUACAACCUAGUCAACGCUACCCGCGACCUCGGGUUGACAGUGAAUAGCGCUGAUCAUGCGCGGCCCAAAGAGUCAUCGGAAAGUAUCGGGAUCUGGGAUGGACACCAGUUCGUCUUCUCGAUGAAGAACUCGUAUAACUGGUGGAAUAUCGGCCGGCUCUUCUGGCGGUACGGACUGGCGCCGCUGCGUACGCAGAAUCUGAUGAAGAGCGUGGUCGGGAAGUUCUUGCGGCUUUAUGAAGAGCCUUUGUUCCCUUUUAGGUCGCUUUCGGAGGCUGCUGUCGCGGCAGACUUGAUCAAUGCUACUGCGUCUGCUGGCGACGUUUUCCUCCAGGCUAACAGCAUUGACUCGCUGUUUGCGAGGGAGAUCAUUCAAGCAAGCACCCGGGUGAAUUACGGACAGAAUCUGCAGCUGAUUCACGGCUUGGAAUCAGUUGUCUGUAUGGCGACCGAUGGAGCGGUUUCUGUCGAGGGCGGCAACUGGCGUAUCUUCGAUGGCGCAAUUAGGGCCUCGGGUGCGAACAUCAAAGUGAAUACUACUGUCAGUGAGAUCAAACGCAACGAUGAUGGGACUGUGCGGGUCUCCACAAAGCCAAACAUCGCUUCCAACCUGGAGGAUGAGGUUUUCGACGACGUUGUCAUUGCUGGUCCAUUGCAGUACUCUGGUAUCUCUGUCUCUCCUCCCUUGGAGCACACCCCAGACGAGAUCCCAUACGUUAAUUUGCACGUUACGCUCUUUGCAUCUCGACACCGCAUUUCACCACGAUACUUUGGUCUAAAGGACCAAGACGCUCGCGCGCCUGAAACUAUUCUGACCACUCUGCCUGAGGGUCUCGACUUGGGUUCAAACCCGGCCGGCGUUGGGCCCAGCGACUUCUGGAGUAUCAGUACUCUCCGAACAGUGGAUCAUCCUUCGGUAGAACCGGAAGGUGAGAUUCAGCAGCAUUAUGUUUAUAAGAUCUUCUCGCCAGAGCGCCCCACGGCUGAAUUCAUUGCUCGGAUCAUGGGACUGGAUAGUGAGUCUGUGGGGAGCAAUACAACGAUUGCAGACCUCUCCAAAGGCGAUAUUAGCUGGUUCCAUGAGAAGCUGUGGAAUCCAUACCCUCUACUGUAUCCGCGUGUGACCUUUGAGGAUACCCUUCUGGCCCCGAAUGUGUGGUACACGAGUGGCAUUGAGAGUUUCAUCUCGACAAUGGAGACUAGUGCGCUGAUGGGCCGGAACGUGGCAACCCUCAUGUUCAACUCGUGGCACAAGCCAACAGAUCAGAUACACAGCGAGACAUCACACGGGGAAACCGAAAGAGAGCUCUGA